GCAUUUGAACACUGUGCCGGCUGACCUCGUUUGUUUUGCUACCAUCUACAAGUGUGGUUUAGUUCAAACUUUUUGAUAAAGUUAUUAACAAAAAGUUUUAUUAUUCCAUAAAUGACAUGAGUGAUUACAUUUAAAAUAUUAGGAUAAUUUAAAUACUCUAAAAAUAAUGGGCGUUGCAUAUGCUAAGGAGCCUGAAAAAUUCAAAGACUAUGGGAUACCUUCAUCAGAAUCACACUCUUCAGCUAUGAAGGGACAAAAAUCAUCACCUUCACAAGCUUCUACUUAUUCAAAGCAUUCAGAUAGCCCCACAACUGCAGUAUAUACGAUAGAUUUAUUUCAACCAGUUAGAGUAGACAAAAUUCAUAUAGAUGGCCUGAAACGUACAAAAGAUGAUAUUAUCAAAGCCCAAGUUCAUGAUUUAUUUAAAGCAAAAGACUUUCAUCAGGUAAUUGAUCAUACUCAGAGAGUUAGAUCGAAAUUGGAGGCAUUGGGAUGCUUUAAGAAAAUUGGCGUUAGUAUUGAUACGAGUAAAGGACCAGAUGCAACGCCCGAAGGUGUUGAAGUUACAUUUAAUGUGAAGGAAAUGAGUAGAAUGAGUGGUGGAAUCAGCACAAUGGUAGGAAAUAAUGAAGGAUCACUUCUAAUUCAAGCUAGAGCACCGAAUAUUUUUGGACGAGGCGAACGAUUACAAAUGGAAUAUUCAUAUGGAUCAAGAAAUUCGACGAAUUUUAAUGUAUCAGCAAUGAAACCAUUAGUGGAUAAUUGGUUGCAUACAGUACUUACCACUAGUGUAUUCAGUACUACAACAGACGUUCCAUGGUCGGGAUAUAAGGAAAAAGAUAAUGGAUUAUUAUUUGACGUAGAAAUAACUCCUGGUGCUUUAAAACACAAUUUUCAAUACGAAGCUACUUACAGACAUAUCAGUGCUGCUAAACAAGCUUCUUUUCGUGUUCGUGAACAAUGUGGUCCUAAUUUAAAGUCUGCCUUAAGGCAUAUAUGUUCAAUUGACAAAAGAGACGACACCAUAUUUCCAACUGGUGGAAGUCAUGUUCAGUUUACUACAGAAUUAGCUGGUCUUGGUGGUGAUACCGGAUUCAUGAAGUAUGAAUUUGGUCUUCAAAGCAAUUGGACAUUGAAGGAUCUGUUUACUUUUCAAAUUGGUGCACAAGCAGGCAUUCUACGAGAGAUCAAUAAUGAUUUAGAAAUAAAUAUAGCUGAUCAUUUUUUCCUUGGUGGACCAAUGAAUGUUCGUGGCUUUGCACGAAGAGGUUGUGGACCGCGUCAUGAUGGUAAUGCGUUAGGAGGUAAUACAUUCUGGGCUUUGGCUCUGCACCUUUAUUCACCGCUUCCAUUUAGGCCUGGAAAAAAUAGUUUUGGAGAAUUAUUUAGAUUACAUGGUUUCGUGAAUGGUGGAAAUUUAGGAAACAUAUCUCUUCGUAAAAAUGAUCUUUCCGAAAGUUUAAAAAUAUUUACUGAUAAUGUUCGAUGGUCAGCUGGUGCUGGAAUAGCCAUGAGGCUCGGCGGAAUAGCGAGAAUAGAAUUAAAUCUUGUCAUGCCUUUAGCAAUGGCUAGAAGUGACGUAUUUCAGCAAUAUCAAUUUGGAGUUGGUAUUCAAUACUUGUAAAUUAUUAUCGCUACCAGAUAGUGCAUGAGUUUAAAUUGUAAAUUAAAUUGAAAAACAAUUCCAAUUGUGUCAUCCUUGUUUGGCUAUUCGACACAUUUUUUAGUUUUCGUUAAAAAUAUAUUCUUAUGUAUAAAUCUUCAAAUAAAGUACAAUUAAAAUAACUUUUUGUUUAACAGAAUUGUUAAAUAAAUA